GGCCUUGGUACUUCUGAGAUCAGAACAUCAGCAGGGCCUCCGCAAGAACACACUGUUUAUGUUAUUGCCAGAACCUGGGCCAUUCGCACAGUAAUCCUGGCUGAACACCAGAUGGGGCAUGGUCAGCAUUCUAUUAUUUCCAGCCCUAUGUCCGCCACAUGUUAGUACUCACGCGACAGGCGUUCUGUUGUUGCCCCUCAGCUUCAUGAAUCAAUUGUGGCCACCAAAAACCCGCGCUCGAAGUUCUUUUAUGACGUCUGACACACUGGCAAAAUCGUUAUAAACUGCCUAUGAAACCGUCACUGGUGUUUGUUCCUUGCACUACAGAUCUGCUCCCAGAAGAACUACUUCCCCAAUAUCACGCCUGACCAUGAAGAGUGACGAUAAGAGGCCGUUGAUCGACCCGGUGGCCACGCCGGGCCCGUACCUCGAAGCCGGGAUAGAGGAGCACACGGGUCCUCAGCCGACCGAAACGACAAGUUUGCUUCCCAACCGGCAUCCCACAAACCGCUCUGAUGUUCACUAUCGGGACUGCAUCUCGGGCCCUCGUUUUCAUUUUCUGUUCUGGAGCAUAAUUUUUGGUUGCUCAAUUGCAUUCUUCGACACCACACUGAUGGCCUCUUCCCAUCCCGUCAUUACUUCCUACUUCGAAGCCUCGAACGCGGCUUCCUGGCUUAGUACCGUGUUCUACCUGACCUCUACGGUGUUCCAGCCAGUGUACGGCCGCGUUUCGGACACUGUCGGUCGACGGCCGGCCUUGCUGUUCGCGAUCGUCAUGUUCUUUGUCAGCACCUUUUGGUGCGGCGCAGCUGGCAGUAUUGGCAGCUUCAUCGCCGCCAGGGCGGUAAGUGGAUUGGGCGCCGGUGGCGUGGUUGCCCUCGGUGGAAUAUUGACGAGCGACAUUGUCAAAAUCGAGUACAGAGGCAUCUAUCAGAGUUAUUUCAACUUGGCGUAUGGAGCAGGCAACGGGCUGGGCGCCGCCUUAGGGGGCUUUCUCUGUGACUACUUCGGUUGGCGCGCUGCCUUCUUUUUGCAACUGCCUUUCAUCCUCAUUUAUGGUGUCCUUGCCAUAUUUUCUUGCCCUGAUAAUCUCGGCCCAAAUCUGGCGAAGACUCAAGGGAAGACGCUCGGCGAGGCCUUCAAGAGCUUCGACACUUAUGGAACGAUCGGAAUGAUCCUCACAGUCUCUGGCCUCAUUCUCGGGGUGAACUUGGGAGGCAAUGUUUUCACGUGGACACACCCAUUUGUUAUCAACAGCCUAGUGAUCUCUGGGAUCGCGUGCAUCUCCCUGGUCCUGGUGGAGCGGAGAGCCGAACGACCUAUCCUACCUCUGAGGCUUUUCUCGACAACACCCGUUGCAAAUGUCAUAGGAAGCAAUUUCAUUGCCUCGAUGCUCGUCAAUACCGUUUUGUUCAAUGUUCCGCUCUACCUCCAAGCGGUCCGACAAACUUCGCCUACGAUUUCGGGCCUUUAUCUCGUUCCUCCUCUGGUCGGCGCUAGCAUCACCGCCAUCCUGGCAGGAGCUUACAUCACUCUCACAAGACGGAUGAAGCCUCCGAUGGUGCUGGGUUCAAUCAUGGGACUUUGUGGCGCCGUGGCUGUAGCGUGCUUGUCUGCAGACACACCUACCUCGCUUGUCCCUUAUCUCAUUCCUUUCGUCUCGAUUGGCCAAGGAUUCUUCUUCCCGGCCGCAACUAUUGCAGUCUUAGCCCUCAACUCUCAGGAGGACCAAGCGGUGGCAACCACCACACUCGGUCUCAUUCGCAACCUUGGCUCUAUUAUGGGUGUGGCCUUGAGCAGCUGGGUGUUGCAGAAUGCGCUGCCAAUAUACCUGAACAGAUACGUCACAGCACCGGAUGCAGCCACCAAAGAAGAUAUCAUUCGUACUGUCAGGGAAUCGAUCCGCGCAAUCCGAGAUUUGGACCCCGUGCACAAGAAACAGGUCAUUGAUGCGUAUGCGUCGAGCUUGAAAGCGACAUUUCUCAUGGGCAUCGUCUUCUCCUUUUUAUCUGCCUUGCUUAUUUGGCCGGCUCAGCUGCCCCGCCUGCAGAAACAAGAGGAUAUGGACAAAGAUGAGGCAGCUAUCUUUGUUCCGGGGUCGAGCGACGAAUCCGAUUAUGAUGAAGAGGAGGAGGACGCGGAUUCGCGAGCGUUGCUGGCAACGCCGACCCAUUCUAUCGUGCGAUCCUUCACAAGUGGCACAAAUCGAAGCACAAGAUCAUCGUCUUUGGGCAGGAUGCUGGAGAGGAGAGCAAGCUUUGACACGAGCUUCUAGACGCUGCCGCCGGAAUGCAUUACUUGUGCCUUGAACCACUUACUUUGGUCUUUGCGGCAGAGAAUACAAACCGGUUGACGAAUAUUCAAACCUGCAGAAGAUACCCAAUGCAUGCGGUAGUCCACAUACGGCCCGUGCUUGGAUUUUCAGAUUACUAGCAAAUGAGGGUCCAUUCGCCCUAGGCGGCCUGGAGCCAG